CCAAAACAAACCAAUCCAGAAACUCCGAAGCCCCCAGACAGUGUUCAGUUCAUACUAAUGAAUGGUGGCCGUUCGUAUUACAUUUUCUCCUACUCUUACUCUUUGGCCGUCCCGGUUCAUUGCUUCUUCUGCUUCUGCUUCGGCUUCGACUUCUUUUCUUGUUCUGAAUCUGGUUUCGGCCUGUCGCCCUGCUGUCUCGCUGCUUCUUGGGAGCUUCUGGCCCAAUCCUCUCGGAUUUAAGCUCCGAUUUCCCGCCUCCCACGCCUUCAUUGGGAAGAGGUCAAGGGCAACUUAGACAGGCGAGAACUCUGUCGUCGCCAACACGA